AUGGCGACAAAGAGGAUUUUAACGGUAUUUUUGCUGCUGUUAUUCUGUUCCCCCCUCGCUUUCUGCCUCGGCAACAACAAGAAGAAGAAUUACAUAGUGGACUUCGGAGAGCACCAUAAAGAUGUGCCUCUUGAUCAAAUGGAGCACAUUCAUCGUUUGUAUCUGCGUCUUCUCAAAGACACCGACGAGGAAGCCGAAGCUUCUCAUAUUUACAGUUACAAGCACAGCUUCAAUGGCCUCGCCGCUGCUCUCACCCCGGAAGAAGCCUCCAGACUAGCCAGAAUGAAGGGAGUGGUGUCUGUGAGAGAAAGCAAGGCAAGGAAGCCCUACUCUCUGCAUACCACAAGGUCAUGGAGCUUCAUGGAUUUGAAGCAGCCUUUGAAUAAUCACAAUCACGGCCUCUUAUCCAGAGCUAACUAUGGCCAAGAUGUUAUAGUUGGCAUAUUUGACACUGGAGUGUGGCCUGAAUCAAAGAGCUUCAGCGAUGAAGGCAUGAAACCUGUUCCUGCCAGAUGGAAAGGAAUCUGCCAAAAUGGAACUGCUUUCAACUCAUCCACCUGUAAUCGAAAGAUAAUCGGAGCUCGGUAUUACCUCAAUGGAUAUCAAGGCGCAUUUGGUCCUCUAGACGAAUCCCAAGACAUCAAAUCUGCUCGUGACAAAGACGGCCACGGCACUCACCUGGCCUCUAUCAUCGCCGGACGCACGGUUCCCAACGUCACAGGGUAUGGCGGGUUCGCCGGCGGCACCGCGUCGGGUGGCGCCCCACUGGCCCGCCUUGCCAUCUAUAAGGUAUGCUGGGUUUGGCCAGGCAGUUCUUAUGAGUCAGGGAAUUACUGCGACGACUUAGACAUAACCAAGGCUUUCGACGAUGCCAUCGGAGACGGCGUCGACGUUAUAAGCUUCUCCUUUGGUUUCGAUGUUGCCCAGACUUUUGUACGCGACAAGAGCGCAAUCGGAUCGUUGCACGCAUUGAAGAAGAACAUCGUGGUGGUUUCUAGUGCUGGCAAUACUGGACCUGAUCAUCAAACUUUGACCAACGUUGCUCCUUGGCUCAUCACGGUCGGUGCUAGUCACAUUGAUCGUACGUUCCCUGCUCCUCUUCUUCUUGCCGAUGGCACAAAAGUUCAGGGACAAUCAAUCACUCCAGUGCAAAUGGACAACAACUUCCACAGCUUGGUGUUGGCGAGCGAUGUUGAGAAACCAACGACUUCUAAAACAGAUUCAGGGUAUUGUCUGGACGGCAGCCUUGAGGCAGAGAAGGUGAAAGGGAAGAUAGUGCUGUGUCUUAGGGGGAAAGGCACUCCAUUACACCAAGGUCUGGAAGUUCGGAACAAUGGUGGGGUUGGUUUCAUUCUUGGGAAUGAUCCUGAUCAUGGCAAUGAUAUUGCCUGUGAGUCCAACCAAAUCCCAUCCACUGGUGUUACUUUUGAAGAUACCAAAAAACUUAUCCAUUACAUAAGAACAACCAAGGACGCUAAGGCUCGUAUUCUUCCUGGGCAAACAACCUUAAACUCUAAACCAGCACCCACCGUCACUUCCUUCUCUGGUAGGGGUCCAAAUCCCAUUGACCCCAACUUUAUCAAGCCUGACAUAAUAGCUCCAGGAAGCCAGAUAUUGGGAGCGUGGACAGAAAAGGAUGGGCCCACAAGGAACAGUAAGGGCGGUGAUCGGAGAAAGACAGAGUACAAUAUAAUGUCUGGAACUUCAGUGGCUACUCCUCACGUUGCUGCCGCGGCAGUUCUUCUCAAAGCCAUUCACCCUACUUGGAGUGCGGCUGCUGUUAAAUCUGCCCUCAUGACCACUGCCUCCACGACAGACAACACAGGAAAUCCUAUGAUGGAUCAAAGUGGAAAACCUGCGACGCCAUUGGCAAUGGGAUCGGGCCACCUACAACCCGUGAAAGCAGCAGAUCCUGGACUGGUUUAUAAUAGCUCUUACGAGGAUUACGUUCUUUAUACUUGUGGCCUUGGACAAACACACGCCAUGAAUAUGCCGUAUAAAUGUCCAGUUUCAGUGCCCGAACCAGUCAACCUCAACUAUCCAUCCAUACAAAUCCACAAGCUCAAUGGAACCAAGACCUUUACCAGAAGAGUCACUAACGUCGGACGCAGCAAUUCUACUUACACUUUUAAUUCUGAGUCACCGAAGGAAUAUACAAUCACUGCCUCUCCAGAUGUUCUCAAGUUUGAUCAUGUUGGUCAGGAAUUGAGCUUCAACAUCACUAUCACAGUUGUUAGUUGGAAUUACCCCACCAAGUAUGAUCCAGAUUUUUACUAUUUUGGAUCCUAUACUUGGACUGAUAAAGAGUUCGUUGUGAGAAGCCCUGUCGCUGUGUCUUUCCCAUAA